AACCGCAACUAUCUCUCCGAGAAAUUUUCUCGUAAAACCAACUCGACGCGGCGGACCUCGGUGCGGGCGAGUUUAAAUCUGUUUAUUUUUUUCGUUAACAAUAGCAAUCGCAGACACCGGGACACCAUGGCGGCCCAGACAAUCCUUUUUGAUUUCACCCUGGACAAGGACAAAACCAGCGAUGAGAAGCAGCGACAGGAUGUGGCCAAGAUCCUGCGGAACGAGCUGGAGCACAUCUUCCCUCAGCUGGAGCUGGCCUACUGCAUGGAAUCUCCGGAUAACGGAUACUUUGCAGUCCUGCACGAGAACAAGGCCACCGUGAUCACGGUCCGGAUCUUCCAGCACGGCCUCCUGACGCUCAACGUGGAGUACUUCCUGCCGGAGGGCAAGGAGCCGGUCCUAUCCUUCGAAAGCACCAUGAGACUGGAGAAGGUCCUGGCCCUCAAGUUGAAGGCUGUCAAGGGCCAGAAGCUGCCGGCGCUGAAGCGCGGCGAUGUCGCCAGGUACUUCCCAUCCUCAGAUGAGCGCAUCAUCGAGUACGACAUCGACAAGGUGGUGUACGAGGCGCGUUCGCCCUUCCAGAAGAUCCAGAUCAUGCACUCGAAGACACUGGGCAACAUGCUGCUGCUGGACGAGCUGCAAAACAUUGCUGAAUCCGACUUGAUCUACACGGAGACCCUCAUGUGCCGCGGUGUGGAGAACUACGAGGGCAAGGAGAUUUGCAUCCUGGGCGGCGGAGAUGGCGCCCUGCUGUACGAACUGCUCAAGGAGAACCCUAAGCACGUGGUCAUGCUGGAGAUUGACGAGCUGGUGAUGCAGGCGUGCAACAAGUACCUCAGCGUCAUCUGCGGCGAUGUCCUGGAGAAGCGAAAGACCGACCAGUACGAGAUCAUUGUGGGCGACUGCGUCGACUACUUGAAGAAGUUCAUCGCCGAGGGCCGCAAGUUCGACUAUGUUUUUGGGGAUCUGACAGACAUACCCAUCACUGACACGCCCGAGGGAGAGACCUGGGACUUUAUACGCACCAUCUUCGAGCACUCGUUCAAGGUGCUGAAGCCAGACGGCAAGUAUCUGACCCACGGAAACGGGUCCACCUGCACUGUGGGCCUGCGCCUGUUCGAGGAGCAGCUGGAUCUGCUGCGUCCCAAGGUCAAGUUCACCACCACCAAGGCCUUUGUGCCGUCGUUCAUGGAAGAGUGGCUCUUCUAUCAAGUGACCUUCGCCUGACCAGCUCAAGGAGGUACCCCAGCAGCAGCAGCAGCACCAGCAGUAGCUACUUCCAGCCACACACCAGCAUCACACAUCAUCAGCCCACUCCCGCUGCACUCCUACACAGUUACACUGCACGGAGCGGCGUCGGAAAUCGGAGGAAAGGAUAGGGAUAAGGAGAACAAGAACCAGGAGGAGGAUAAGGAAAAGGAGGCUAUGAAGCCACGGCGAAGACGCCGCCAAAAGCGGGUGCACUACCACCACGCCCUGGUUUCGUAGUCCAGCUGAGAGAGCACAAGCUGAGAAGCGCCAUCGCCAUCAUCGAAAUCAUCAUCCAAAAAAGCUAAAAACAAAAAUAUGAAACAAAGGAAACACGCACUUCCAAUGGCUGUUACUUACAAUUGAAAACCAAACCAAAUAUUGAACCCAAUUCGUUUACGCUUAAGUUAGGCUUUAGUUCCGUUUCUCGUCCACUCUUAACUGAUUUCUAUGAUAAAUUUCUAUAAAAUUAAGUCAAAAGUUGAGGCCGGUACAGGCUGAAUAAAUCUUAUGUAUUCAUGUUUUGUUUGAAUUAAGCCUAAGCAUAGAAUGUUGGCACCCUACUUGUAGUAUUUUCGUAUAACGUGUAUAUCUACUAUCUAUCUUGUAUAUGUAGAGCGUAUGUUUAGUUACCAUUAAUGGAAGAAAUCUGAAGAAUUGUAUCUGAAGGCUCGGCCGGAGUAAGGUGUGGAUGAGGGUGUGAGGCUAGGCUAGCAAUGGUAGCAGUAAACACCAACUUUUAAUGCUGUAAUAAUGAUAAAUACCAAAACAUUUUAAAGAAGAGUACUUAAAAAGUAAUAAAUAGUCUUAUGCAGA